GCUCUUCAGAGUCCAGAAUUGCUAUCCUGUAUGGUACCUACAGAAUGUUAAGACAAUGGCGGAAGCAAAACGUCAAGGGGCUUACGGCGUUACCUCCAUCUGGCGACCUUUCCGCAUGUGGAUCCCCCGGGCAAGCGACGGCAUACCAACGACAAAAAGCCAUGCAGCAAAUCGGCCGCCUUGGCUUGAAAGUUCCAGUCAACCAUCUUCCCGUGGUCCACCAUCCAUCCAUGAUCCAUCCAUGACUUGACUAGGGCAUGGAUCAAUUCCUGAACCCGUUGGCGUCUGCUGGUCUCUUUUCUUACGCGCAUCUGGUUUACUUCGUGCCCUCUGGCAACCACCCAUGGAACCAACCACACGGAGUAUCCGUACCCAGCAACCACUUCAGACGGACAGGUUUGCUUGUUCCUCUUUUCUUUCCGUGUAUAUGUAGGUAUUCGUACUACCUUGCCUUACAUCACACACCUUUAGGUACUCUGCGAGGUAUCGUCCUCCCCUUACCCUUCCCACCCCAUUCACAUCCAUGCUCCAUGCACUGCACAGGUCAAAUUCUCCAUGAUGUUCCCUGUUAUCUGAAAACGCCCUUUCCAAGACCGGACCCGCUGCCCCUCUGCAUUGGCCCUUGAGUCACCUGCUCCAUCUGUCACUAGAAACCUUGAGCCAAGCCAAACUGUGACAAACCCGUCCGUCCUACUUAAGCUCUUGCCGUCACUCCUACAACUUGACCUCGUGGCUUUGUUCUCUUCCUUCUCCAUCUUAAGCCGAAUCUCUUCCUCCCUGUGUCUUUCACUUAUAUACACACAUAUUGCUUGUGUGUUUCCUCUGGCCAGUGCUACUACCUGUUACUUCGUUCAAGUAACGGCAAAUCGACCCCUCGACCCCGCCAACUCCGAGAUUCUUCAUAUAUCCACCACAUCGGUCUCUCACACAAACAACAGACUCACAUCAACAAUCACAAUGGCUCCCGGCACCAUCUCCCCCGGUCUGCACCAUGGCAACCAGGAUAUUGACCUGACUUCCUCCGCCAUUGAGCACAAGCUCGAGGCCAUUCCCAAUGGCAAGGCUUCCAACGGCACCAAGGCCACCUACCAGGAGCUUGACGCCUCCAAGCUCAUUUAUUCCCGUACCCAGAACCCGCGUGCCGUCCCCGAUCCUGCCUCCGCCAAUGCUGGCUCCGAGACCAUCGCCACCGACCACAUGGUCGCUGCCACCUGGAAGGUCGGCACUGGCUGGUCUACCCCGGAGCUGAAGCCCUACGGCCCCAUCUCCCUCAUGCCGACUGCCUCCGUCCUGCACUACGCCACCGAAUGCUUCGAGGGUCUCAAGGUCUUCCGCGGCUUUGACGGCAAGCUUCGCCUGUUCCGCCCCGACCGCAACUGCGAGCGCAUGCUCAUGUCCUCCACCCGCAUCGCCCUGCCCUCCUUCCCUCCCGCCGAACUCGAGAAGCUCAUCAUCGCCCUCAUGGCCGUCGACGGCCCCAAGUGGCUGCCUCGCGAGCGUCCCGGAUCCUUCCUCUACCUCCGCCCUACUAUGAUCGGAACCCAGCCCCAGCUCGGCGUUCAGGCACCUUCCGAGGCCAUGCUCUACAUUAUCUGCACCUAUAUGCCUGUCAUGGACUCUCCCGUCGGCGGUAUGAAGCUCCACACGAGUCCCGAGGAUAUGGUUCGCGCCUGGGUUGGUGGAUUUGGCUACGCCAAGGUCGGUGCCAACUACGGCCCGUCUCUGCUGGCUACUGUUGAGGCCCGCAGCCGUGGGUUCGGCCAGAUUCUCUGGCUGUACGGACAGGAGCAGUACUGCACCGAGGCCGGUGCCAGCAACUUCUUCGUUGUGUGGAAGAACAAGGAGACCGGCAGGACGGAGAUCAUUACCGCGCCCCUCGACGACAGGUUGAUUCUCGACGGUGUCACGAGACGCAGCGUUCUCCAGCUCGCCCGCGAGCGCCUCGGCGACAGCGUCGACAUUGUUGAGCGCAGAUACACCAUCGAUGAGGUCAUCCAGGCUCACGAGGAGGGCCGCAUUGUCGAGUCCUUUGCCGCCGGUACCGCUUUCUUCAUCUGCCCCAUCUCUCUGAUCCACCACCGUGGCAAGGACGUCAACAUGGGCAUGGGCGGCGAAGGCGUCGGUGGCGAGUACACUCUCCAGAUCAAGGAGUGGAUGAAGGACAUCAUGUACGGCGGCGAGCAGCACGAGUGGGGCGUCGUCGUCCAGGAGGAGCAGUAGACGGAUCUGCUCAGACGAAGAAGAGUAAGAAAAGAGACGAGAGACACGGUUAAAGAAACGGCAUUAGCCUUGGUCUGAGAACGACCGGGGUUCGGGUUAUGAGAUUCAGUCAUGGCUGGGGCGUUGUAUGGCAUUUUGCACACCAAAAUUCGGCGUUUGCAUUGGAGGGUUAACAAGUACCAGAAGGAGUGGUGCAUGGUUUGGUAAACUUAGAGUACUACCGCAGCAUCAAAAUUCACAAGAUUAAUAUGAUCAUUGGAGAUACUCUCGCGUAUGCUUGUUGAGGAGGUGAAGAAUACUCGAUAUGAGGAGUCAGCUGAUGGUACUUGGGUGAGACCCAAUCUGAGCUCGCCCAUAAGUUUCCACCCUCCCAAUGUAUUACGCCAGUAAUGGCUGAACACUGCGC